AUGGUAGAAUUCCAAGGACUGUUGAUAUGUGUGCCUCUUUACACAGCUGGGGUGCUAAUACUAGGUGCCUCAUUGUCUGCAAGUCUGUUUGUAUUCCAUGUAGCUGUAGUGCCACUUAUCUUCAAAUAUUCAAAGGGUUUUAGAAGAAAUCUAGUUUUUGCUAAUUUUGUACAAUGGCCGCCCAACACGGACUUCGAGGAGCCGAUCGCAUCUGGUAUCGAGGGAGCGCGCAACCUUAGCAUCGAGUACCAGUCCAAAGUAGACAAGUGCAAUGUCAAGAUUGGUAUCUGGCACAUCCUUCCAAAGACAGCGUAUGAGCGGCUGAAGGGUAACUUCGAGAGCAGCACGGACAGGGAGGAGCUGAACAAAAUACUUGAUGACGAGCUCACCAAGUCUAAGAAUCCUGUCGUACUGUACUGUCAUGGCAACUCGAACAACCGAGCAGCGUGCCACAGGAUACAGCUGUACAAGUUCUUCCAGAAAAUGGAAUUCCACACAAUCGCCUUUGAUUACAGAGGGUACGGCGACUCGACAAACAUACGUCCGACGGAGGCGGGCGUGGUGGAGGACUCGCUCGUUGUAUACGAGUGGUUGCUCAGUACGCUCGGCGGCAGUAACAAGCUGUUUGUAUGGGGACACUCGCUCGGUACAGCAAUAUCAUCUCAUCUAUUAGGCAAUCUACAAGAGCUAUCAGUGACACUACUAGAAAGAUCUACCCCACUCCCGCUACCCAGAGGUCUAAUAUUGGAAGCACCCUUCAAUAAUUUGGCUGAUGAAGUCGCUAAGCAUCCAUUGUCGAAGUUAGUGACCUGGCUCCCAUACUACGACUGGACAUUCGUGGAACCGUUCCGUAGUAAUAACGAACAAACGUUCAAAUCUGACGAGUAUCUAGUGAAAGUGAGGUCUCUGCCCGUACUCAUACUGCAUGCUAAGGAUGAUGUUAUCGUGCCUUUCGUGGUGGGAUUGAGAUUAUACAGAUCGAUAUUACAAUCUCGGAGUACAGAUGACGCUAUGAUCAAGUUGCAUGCGUUUGAAAAGAAGGAAGACCUCGGCCACAAGGGGAUCUGUACUGCUGCUGACCUACCUAACGUUUUGGGGGAAUUCGUAAAUCAACACCUACAGUGA